CCUUGGACAAUGGCUAGAUAGUGGUCACCCAAGGAAGUGUACCGUCUGGAAUUCUCCUCUUAUACAUAAUUUCCCUUAUCGCGUGACAGUUCCGGCCCAAUGAGACUAUCCCUUAUUACCUUGCUGGCAUAUCUGGUAUGCUGUGCCAGUUGCUUUGGUGAUCAUGGGGCGUAUGAGCGAGCACUCUUCUGGUACAUGUAUGAACUAGAUGCUGCACUCCAUGACAGACCACAGAUCAUUGCGCCAAGAUGCACCAGGGGGAUGCCAAACAGGGUCAAGAAAUGUACUCUCCAGCAAUUUCUCAACUCUUUCGACCGGAGCGAGAAGGCGACGCCGAUCACAGAGGACGUGAGCCGAAAGACUGUCGAUGAGCUGGCGCAAAUACUGCAAAACCAUGGCUACGUUGGGAAGUACGAGGCAAAAUUCCUUUUCAACGGAGUUGAUGAGUCGACGACAGGGAACAUGCCCAAGAUCAUCACAGAGGUUGCAAAAGAACUGAAAGAGUUGAAGAAAAGAGCGAGGGAUUCGCAGGACCCCUCUGUUAACCAGCUUGUCUCAAAGACACUAGCCGCGUACGAUACAGUUGAAUACAUCCGUCAGUGGAACUAUUCAAAGGGGUUCGCGGGAUUCCUAAAAGAUAACUACCAAAUUGAAGUGGUCACCAAAAAUGAACCUUGGCCGGGAAGUGCAACCGAAACAGAACAAUUCAUAGACCAGGGAGCCACUAAAAAGAAAUAUCCAGACUAUGAUUUUGGAGUACUGCUUGGAGAGUAUAGAAAGAAAGAUAAGAUCCAUGGGCCCCUUGUGCAAGCAAUGAAAGCGGGGAAACAGAGAUUUGAGUGUGUAUGAUGGCCUGGGUUCGGGUUUUGUUUUCAUGCAUUUCUCCAUAUCUCUUAUCUAGUUUUAUUUCCUAGGAAAGAUGGAGACAAAUGGAAG